AGGGAAGGCUGUGCCGCGGUCGUCAUUUUGAGAGGCUGGAUUGGGGCUCUGUGGUUUUCCCUUCCUUCAUACUCGUCCCCAACCUGGGCUGACCUACCCACGGCGAGGGCAUGGUGAAGCUUUUCGUGGGGAAGCUGCCCCCGGAGGUGCGGAGGGAUGAGGUUCAACCGCUGUUCGAGCAGUUCGGCAGAGUCAGUGAAUGCGAUUUAGUGAAGGACUAUGGCUUCGUGCACAUGGAAGAUGUGGAGGCAGCACAGAGAGCGAUCUCCCACCUGAAUAAUUACAAGCUUCGGGGAUUCUCCAUUAUUGUGGCUUUCAGCAAGAGCAAGAUUAUAUCCUCCUCCAAGUUGCAUGUCGCCAACGUUAGCUCCCACUGCAGCAAGCAAGAGCUGAGCACUUUGUUUGAGAAAUAUGGACCAGUCGUCAAAUGCAGGAUUAUAAAGAAUGAUGCCUUUGUGGAGAUGGAAAGAGGGGAAGAUGCCAAGGAAGCAAUGAGAGCUCUUAGUGACACAGAUUUCAAAGGCAAACGCAUCUAUGUCGAACUAUCGAAGAGUAAAGGGUGGAAAGAUCCCCGAACACAUUGUCACAAGUGUGGUAAGGAGGGCCACUGGUCUGCAGACUGUCCGAAAAAGCGAGGUGAUUUGGAGGACGGGUAUUCCCGAGAUCGCUCUGACCCUUACUCAGAGUCUCUGCGACCUGAAUCACGAUAUGGAGAGCAGUCGGUCAGUGGUAUGGAUCAGUUUGGGUUCAUCGAUUACUAUGCGAGGUAUCGGACACGUCCUUAUGGGGCGACGGUAGAGACCGAUUGUGAUCAGCAGGCACCUCAGCAUACACAUUUAAGUUCUCCCACAAGUGUCUUAGUCCACAGUGGUUUCGAGUAUCAACAUGUGACUCCACAAAAUGCUCAAUACAGCCAGGAAAGGAGCCCUCUGCAGAGACCGCGCCAGCUAUUUCCUCCAAGCAGCAGAGAUAGUUUGGAGUGUCCACACCUUGCCCAAUUUCCAACGUCCAGUCGAUCAUUUUAUGAGCAGGCGAGUUCGGCCAAUGACACUUGUGCAGACUCUGUAUAUUGAUUCAGAGGUGAGUCAGGUUCUCUCCAAAGUUCCAGUGUAAAGUUGUUAGUAAUUGUACUAAUAAAGUUUUCCACUGCCUCCUGGAGGUGAGUUGUUAAAA